UCGAAUCAAGCUAUCGGUAAUCAGACCGGAAGUAGAGCCCUAUGUAAAGUUCGCUGUGGAUUAUUGUAUGAAAGUGCGACUAUCAUUUAAAUCCUAAAUAAAGUCCUCACCUCGUGCUUUUUAAAGUGUAUAAAAUCUUCGGCUCCAUAUCUGCAUAGAUUAUUUCUGAGGCUGGGCUGUGAGUCAAACGGAAACUGUGGAGGUCAUUAAAGGUUUAUUUUGCCACACUUGACGUUAAUUUUGUAUCUCACUCUUUGACGCUUGACUCUUGGUGGUUCCGCUACCGAACCGGCUACUCUCUUGUCUCUGCUGUUGUUUAUCCUUUACAUGUUUUCUGCCUGUUGUCGCAGUGGCACGUGAACCAGUGACUCGCCUCACGCGAGCCCGAUAUGUCAAUGUGAGCGGACAUGCGUCGCCUGGACUCUGCUUGUUGACCGUCGCGUGUUCCAUCACAUAGCAGGCCCCAUUCUGUGACAACUGUAGCUAGUUCCUCAUAUAAUAAUGGUCCGGUGAUAUGUGGUUUGGCAGCACAGGGUGUUUAUUUCAGUUAUAGGGACAAGACAAUCAUUUCGAUGAUGAAGAUCUGGAGCACGGAACAUGUUUUCAGUUACCCCUGGGAGACGGUGAUCAAGGCUGCCAUGAGGAAGUACCCCAACCCUAUGAACCCCAACGUGGUUGGGGUGGACGUGUUGGAUCGCAGCCUGGACACCGAGGGACGCCUUCACAGCCACAGACUCCUCAGCACAGAGUGGGGACUACCGGGUAUCGUUCGAGCGAUUCUGGGAACCAACCAGACUCAAACCUAUGUGAAGGAGCAUUCUAUAGUUGACCCAGAGGAGAAAAAGAUGGAGCUGUGCUCAACAAACAUUACUCUCACCAACCUCAUAUCAGUGGAUGAGAGGCUAGUUUACAGACCACAUCCAGACAACCCAGAGGUGACUGUACUAACACAAGAAGCCAUCAUUACGGUGAAGGGAGUCAGUUUGAGCAGUUAUCUAGAGGGGAUGAUGGUCAGGAGUAUGUCUGCUAAUGCCCGCAAGGGCUGGGAUGCAAUUGAAUGGAUUAUUCAGAACUCUGAAAGAGAGAAACCUCUGUGUGACGUUUGCUAACUCUGGCCUCCAAGUCUGCACUGAUGACUACUCUCUUCAGCAACACCUUAUAAACGACAGGGGAUCCUCAGCAUUUCCAGUCCCUCGGCAGCUGGUACUGAAGCUGUUUGGGAGGUUUCAUGGAGUUUCUCCUCUCACAUCUUUUGGACUGAACAUGAACUUCUGCCAAAGCUGAAUGGUUUUCAGAGCAUGUUGGUGUAGGAUUUAUAGGUUGUGGGGAUGAGUCUGCUUCAUGUGGCUCAUUGCUAACUUAUUAAACCAUCUCUGUUUUAAAUCAGCUUUACAGGUCUCGCAGACUGAACUGGUUUGAAUGUCUUAUAACUACCCAAGAUUUACUUUAAUGUUUCACCAUGUCUUCAAUUUAGAAAGCU